GAUCAAAACGGGAAAGAAAAUAAAGAAGAAAACGGCAAAAGAUCAAAGGAGGCGGAUUUCAAAUCCUAACAUUAAACUAAGUACUUAAAACCCGUUUCACAUCCGCUUUCUCAAACUCAUACUCUCCCUUCUUCCACCUUUCACAUAUGCCCCCAAUUGAUUUGCGUACUUGUAAAACCCUAACCUUUAAUCUUGCAACCCCACACGCCGCCGCAGCCGCCGCCGCUUUUGUUCUUUCGUUUUCUGUUGGGUUUUGAGUUCAAUUUGAUUUCAUAUAUUCUUGGCUUCACUCUAUUCUAUUCGGUUCUUCAAGUUCCAGUUUGCGAGCUGGCUAUGGACUACGAGCCCUACGAUAGCAGUGGAACUGAUGAUGAUCUUCCUCCAUCACAUCAAAAUAGGAUUCCAAGAGGUAGCGGUCGCAUUACUGGAAAUGGAAGAUCUGCUGUCAUUGGUUCUGUCCCCUACCAGAGGAUGUACGAUGAAACAGAUAUGGAGGCCCAAAUUCACCAACUUGAGCAAGAAGCAUACAGUUCAGUUCUAAGAGCUUUUAAAGCUCAAGCUGAUGCCAUUUCAUGGGAGAAAGAAAGCUUGAUAACUGAGUUAAGGAAGGAGUUACGGUUGUCCAAUGAAGAACAUAGAGAGCUUCUUGCUAGAGUUAAUAAUGAUGAUGUCAUCAGAAGAAUAAGGGAGUGGAGGCAAUCAGGUGGGCAUCAACCUGGUAUGCUUGGUGCUGGUCAAUCUGUUCAUGAUCCAACACCCAGCCCUUCCGUGUCAGCGUCACGGAAAAAACAGAAGAUACCCCAGUCUUUACCUUCUCAAUCCUUUGCUGGACCAUCUCCUACUUUUCAUCCACCUCCAGUGACUGCUGCAAACCAGCCACCUUCAUCUGCUGCCAAGAGAGGACCUAUGGUGGGGCCAAAGGGUAAAAAGCAUAAAUCUGGCCAGAUGAUGCCUGGUGCGUCUUCGAUGAAGAUGCAGUACCCUAUUCCUGGUCCUUCUGGAAGAGCCCAAUUUGGUAAUCGGGUUUCUGAGCCCGCUGAAGCAGCAUCAUUUGAUCCAUUGAUUGGAAGGAAAGUGAAAACUAGAUGGCCUGAUGACAAUAAUUUUUAUGAAGCACUCAUAACUGAUUUUAAUCGAGUUGAGGGUAGACAUGCUCUUGUUUAUGAUAUGGGUACUGCAAAUGAGACGUGGGAAUGGGUCAACCUUGCUGAGAUUUCUCCUGAGGAUAUCCAGUGGGAGGGUGAAGACCCUGGAGUUUCUCAUCAUGGAAAUUAUGGUCGACCAGGUCGUGCCAUGACUAGACCUGUUGGACGUGAUAGUGCUCCUGGUGCAGGGAGAGGCCGGGGCUUGACUAAAGCUCAGUCUAGAAAAGAUUUUCCACCAUCACAGAAUGGCCAAGGAAAGAAAGGACCUGAUGAUAUUCAGUUACUUCAUACUGGUACAUUGAUCAGAGAGGUGGAGAGGAUCUUUAGCUCUGGCCAUCCAGAUCCUCAGGAGGUAGAGAAGGCAAAUAGAGUGCUGAAGGAGCAUGAGCAGGCACUUCUAGAUGCCAUUUCAAGGCUUGGAGAGUAUUCUGAUGGUGAAAGUGAGGAACGCCAUUUCAUGCAUGGGCAGGGCAUGGAUCGGGAGUAGUAAGGAAUAUCGUUGGGAAGUGAGUAGUAUAAAAGAGCUGGGGAUUGAGCCAACUUAAAAUAACAGGCAUAAUGGAGGAGGCCGAUGUGUACUAGAUCUUUGCUGGUGUUGGUGUACCAAAAUGAUUUUAGGUUUGUUGUAGAAUGCAUGCUAGCUUCAAGAAACGCUUGGCUAACAUUAAAUUAUUGUAGUCUAGUUCUUUAAAUAGACGCCAAAUUGUAGUUAGGAAUGAUUAUUUCCAGUAGUUACAGGUUAGUGCUCUUGUAAAAUUAAUCACAAUAGCAAUUU